AUGUCCACCGCCUUCAUCUCCAAAUCCCGCCGCAUCCGCUUCGAAUUCCACCUGCACAUCCACGACCUCAACAACGUGCCCCUCGUCUCCGGCACCUCCUUCAUCAAAUGGCACCUGCCCGCCUCCACGGCGGCCGAGCACCGCGGGCGCACGGCCAAAGCGCCCAUCCGCGACCAUCGCGUCCAGUACGCCUACACCAAGCGCGUGCCCGUGCGCCUCACCGUGGGCAAGGGCGACCUGCUGCAGGAGUGCCGGGUGGAAUUCGAGGUGUUGCAGGAGUACAGCGCCGGGGGCCGCGGGGAGCGCAUCGUGCUGGGACACGUCGCGUUGAAUCUGGCCGAGUAUGUGGAGGUGCAUGAUGUUCCUACUGCUGCAGAAGGAGGAGGGGGAGGAGGCGUCACGAGGCGAUAUCUCAUGCAGGACAGCAAGAUCAACAGUACCCUCAAACUCACCCUGUCCAUGCGCCACCUCGAAGGCACCAGGGACUACAUGGCGCCUCCCCUGCGCGCCGCCCCGGUCUUUGGCGGUAUAGCCGGGAUCCUCUCUUCUUCGGAACCCGCGGCGGUGGGCAAUCCUGCUCCUCCUGCUCCUCCUCCUCCUCCUCCUCCUUCAGCUGGCGGCGGUGCCCCUCACCAUCAUCCUCAUCAUCAGCAUCUCCACCCGAAUUUCGACGGCGAAGACGCCUCGCAACAGGACCUCCCCCACUUCAGCAGCACGAACCGCGAAAUGGGCGAGAUGCAGGACAUGUAUCGACGUACCUUGGCCGCUUUCUGGGCCAGUCAGCCGGGCGAGUUGCGCGCGGAUGAGUGUAUCGAGGAUAUCUUUGCCGGCGGGGAUGGGUGGGGCAAGAGCGGGAAGCCGCUGAGUGGGAAGCCACCACCGCAACAGCAGCAGCAGAGUGAAUUGGACACUGUUGGUGGUGGGGGGAGUGGAGCUAGUACACCGAAUCCCGACGGCGAGAAGGAAAGACACGGACAUGCACAUGCACAUGGAAAUGGACGUCAUCAUCAGAAGAAUGCAUUUUCGCGUUCCAGGCUUGGGAGGAUGGGGAAGCAGAGGCACGACGCGGGGGAAUUGGACGAGAUGGAUGUCCGGGAGGAUCUGACGAGUUGGCAGAUCGGGGAGGGGGCUCAUGCUUGA